GCCAUGGCUUUCCCUUUAAUUUUCCUUAUCUUCCUCUCCAUUUCCUUCUCAGAAGCCAGUCUCUCCAUCGACUACUACAGGAAAACAUGCCCGGACUUCGACAAAAUCAUGCGCGAAAUAGUGACCAGCAAACAAAUUGCCAACCCCACCACCGCCGCAGGCACCCUCCGUGCCUUCUUCCACGAUUGUGUGGUUGACGGCUGCGAUGCCUCUGUCCUCAUCUCUUCCAAUUCCUUCAACAAGGCCGAGCGUGAUGCUGACCUCAACCUCUCCCUCUCGGGUGAUGCCUUUGAUCUUAUUGUUCGAGUGAAGACUGCCCUUGAACUCGCUUGCCCCGGUAUCGUCUCCUGCUCCGACAUCCUCGCUCAAGCUACACGCGACCUUGUCACCAUGGUCGGCGGUCCUUUCUACAAAGUCCUCCUCGGUCGAAAAGAUGGCCUUGUGUCACAAGCAUCACGUGUAGAAGGAAACAUUCCAAGAACGAACAUGUCCAUGAACCAAAUCAUCAAAUUGUUCGUAUCCAAAGGGUUUACCGUACAAGAAAUGGUUGCUCUAAGUGGUUCACACACCAUUGGAUUCACUCACUGCAAGGAAUUCGCCGAUAGGAUUUUCCAUUAUAGCAAGACCAAGCCGACUGACCCAGAAAUAUAUCCCAAGUUUGCCGAGGCGUUGAAGAAGACUUGCGCAAACUACACGAAAGACCAUUCAAUGUCUGCUUUCAACGAUGUGAUAACCCCAGGCAAGUUUGACAACAUGUACUACCAAAAUCUUAAGAGGGGAUUGGGGCUCUUGACUUCGGAUCAUGCACUUGUUAAGCACCCUAGGACGAAGCCAAUCGUCGAUUUGUAUGCUUUAAACCAGACAGCAUUCUUCGAGACUUUUUCGUAUGCAAUGGAGAAGCUUAGCGUUUACGGUAUCAAGACUGGUCAGAAGGGAGAGGUGAGGCGCAAGUGCGAUGCAUUCAACUCUCUCACGACAUAG